AUGGAGCAGUCAAGUACGGCUGGGAGUCUCGCGCGCACGGCGACCAUCGGGCGGACUAGGCAGCUGAUGGCGCUUCUCGAGGCGCUCCUUCCGAGCCGCACGGAUGAGCCUCAGCUUUCACGGGAGCUCGAAGAUUUGUUGGGUGAUGGCGAUGGGGAGCUCGCCAACCUUCGUCGUCUUGCGCUUGCCUCUGGUCGACACGAGCACUCGUGGUGCGAGCGUUGCCCUACCGGUGCGACGGCACUGGGCGACUACGGUGUACUGGCGGACGAUAGCGAGAGCUUCGAGAGCGUCCGGGUUCUUGGCAACAUCUUCGAAGAUGGAAGCAGCCACAUACUUCAGCGGGUCAAGGAGGUCGAUGACGAGAUUAUGACCUAUCGCGUUGAAGCCGCAGGGAAAGGUGACUGUGUUCACUUCCAGACGUGCGGGAGCGACGCGUGGAGAUACUUCAUGAAGCACGCCCCUUCUCUCGCGCAGAGGCACGGUGUCGCUGUACACUCGCUACUCCUCGUCACUCUGACACGGAACGUCAAUGACUUCCAGGUCACCGAUUGGUCUGCGCCACCAUUACCGCGCCCGGGUAUGACCCACGCGAUCGUGCAUGACCACUCUCCCCACGCCCCUCACUUCGGCGCUCGCACCACUCACGGAUUCGGACACCCAUUCGGCAAUCCUAUACCGACGCCGAACAUCGUAUAUCUCUUCACGUCCGGCAAACAAGACGCUGUGCCAUAUCUGACCGAUGACCCGAUGGGACGGCCACGUCCAGAACCGACGCGGUCUACCAGUUGGUGUUCGGGCUGCUCUUCAGGGUGGCCAGUACACUAUGUAAAUUACAUCCAGCUGGACCCAGAAGACCUGAUAUUGUAG